AUUACUUUGAAUUCAGAACAGCAUUUCUUAUGUCCCCCAGUAUAUGAACCAAGUGCCGCACUAUCAGUUUGUUUCGGUUUUAAGGGAAAGCACCGUCGAGUGUCAUCAUUACGCUCAUUAAGACAGAUGAACGUCGGCGCAGCUGCACUACCUGCUCCUCUCAGCUGAAGGUGCGCACGGAUCUGUUACCAAAUCCAUGUUACCAAACUUCAUUUGAAUUGAUUUUUUUUUUUUUUUUUUGGCGUGUCACCGUGCACGACUCUCAGUCAACUUCAACGCAUAUCUAUUAUUCAGCAGUGACACAAAAGGAAACUGCUAUGAUUUGAUCGCUUCCCAUUUCGUAUCAUGGAUGUGGGAAUUGCGCACCGGUCCCGUUGGUAACCUCACACGGCGCGCACAGCGACGGCACGCACCUGAAACUUCUUCGCGGCUCCUACACACGCGUCUGCCCUCCGGUUGAUGCCGAGGAUCAUGACCAUGAACGGCGACCACCAGUCGGUCGCCACCGCGCCGCUGGAUUUGAGCACCUCUGCCAGAGAGCGCGGGAGCGCCGCCGGCUCCAGGACUCCGGACUGCAGCAGCCGCGCCGGUGACGCUCGCGCGUCCAGCUGUUCGCCUGCGCCUCCGGCGUGCACGGGCACGGACAGCUUGGAAAUUCACACACCGGACCCCAAAACAAGCGGUGGUCGCAAACGGACAGCGGAUGCAUCUUCACUGAGGCUUCCUUUUAGGAAGCGACCGAUCCCUGUUGAAGCUGACACCCAGGAAGAGUCGCCUGCAGCGGAGAGCGCGGACCGCGGCUCUCCCGCUGAGGCUGCGGACUCCAGAUGUCGGGAGAGUUUGUGCGCUCCAGUGGAAAGAAGGGCAGUGGUAUCAGCACCUGCUCCUAUGCAGAUCGAAGAAGCAAGAUUGAGUCCAAAUGGAUACCUCGUCCGCUUUGUGCCUUUCAGUUACGGUCACCACCGAAUGGUCUGUUUACCCUCUGUCCCAGAGCGAAGCCACCCCCUGAUCCACCAGCCUGAGAACUUGUAUCACUCCAGCAUCGUUAUGGCAACACGUCAAGAUGAAGAUGGAGACACAGCCCUCCAUAUCGCCGUGGUGCAGGGGGAGCUGGGCAUUGUCUGCAAACUCAUUCAUCUGUUGCUGCUGGCGGACAGAAGCCUUGAUAUCUACAAUAAUCUCCGCCAGACUCCUCUUCAUCUGGCAGUGAUAACCAAGCAGCCGAACAUGGUGGAGGCUCUGCUGAGAGCAGGGGCUGAACCGUCGGCCUUGGACCGCAACGGCCAGACAGCGCUGCAUCUCUGCUGUGAAUAUGACCAGCGUGACUGCCUGUCCGUAGUGCUCGCUCUGUCGAUGUCGUCCUCAUGCUUAGAGAUCAGAAACUAUGAAGGUUUGAGCCCCCUCCAUUUGGCUGUACUGCAAGGACGAAAAGAUUUGGCUCGGCUGCUGCUGGAUGCUGGAGCUGACAUCAACGCCAUGGACGUCAAGAGUGGCCAAACUCCCCUCAUGCAUGCUGUGGAAAACAACAAUGCAGACUUGGUCCGCUUCCUCAUUGAGAAUGGAUGUGACGUCAACAGCCAGUCGUACAGCGGGAACACAGCCCUGCACAGCGCCUGCGGCCGAGGUCAAGUCGACACUGUGCGAUUGCUCCUGAAAAGUGGUGCCGACAGCGGCCUCAAGAACUACCACAACGACACCCCAGUGAAUGUGGCAAAGAACAAAAAGAUUGCAGAUGUGUUACGAGGGAGAGGCUCCAAACAGAUAAGAGUUCAAGAUCAGCACUGUCGGUCAGACUCACCACAUGGGAGCAACUUCACAGAGAGUGGGUCGCCAUCUCCCAGCAACAGUCGAGGAUGUUCACCUUUGACAACGUCGUCACUCCAUCACAGUGCAUCCCACUCUCCAAAGACUCCAUCUGUGCUUCGAUUUCCAUUUUUGUAGCUUCUGGUUACUGUUCAGUGAAAUGUGCUACUACCUCCACGCAGCCAAAGACUGACGAUUGGCCAGGACAUCGAGGGAAGAGUUCUCCCACUGCAGACCAGGAAUAGACUGUACCUUAAAAUCGAACCAAAGCUGCCAUAUUUUUCAAAAGACAGUCAUAAACGGAGUCCCUCUUGGAUUUUGAUGUUUUUACAGAGUCAGUGCUGCUUCUCUGGUCAUUCAGCUGCUGUUGUGGACAUUUCUCUGCUUACUGGGGGAUUUCAGAGGAGCUAACCUGAACAGUUCCAUUUUUUUCAAAUGCAACAGAGCAUCAAUAGAAUUGUGCUACUGUUUGUUAACAAGACUGAGCACAAAAUGUCUUUGAGGUAUCUGCAGACAUGUGAACGGUCAAUGUGGGGCCUAUGCUCAAUGAACUAAUACUCUAUUCAGGCACUUUGCCCCAUUUAGGAACAUUAAAUGUGCGAGAGGGAAGUUCAGUGCAGCAAAUGUCCAUGCGUUAUGGUGGGCUGUUUUAACAUUUUAAAGCUAAAAAUAUCAACAAUUCAGUUCUGCUAUAAUGUUAAAAAACAUUCCAAAUAGUAUUCACAUUAUUCUUAUCAACACUAUUUGUAACCAUAUGGAGUUUAUCAAACUAGAAUUUAAAAAAAUUACUACAGGUUAUACAUACAUCUUUCAGUUAAAGCAAAAUCAGAGACUUUUGGAAUUACAGUUAUGGCAACGUAACAACAGACAGCAUACAUCUGAACAAUAAUAAUUAAUUCCUGCAAAUAAGAUGUGAUGUUUUGGAAUUUUUUUAUCCUUGAACAAUAGAAUGAUUAAAGUAUUUCAUCAGUUAAAACUGCCAGCUGUAUCCAUGGCUUUACUUGAACUGUGGACAACAUUGCAUUAACAUUUUCAGGAUCUUAACCAUCAAGAGUCUUUAUGUUCUUUGCUCCUUUGGGUAAUGAGGCUGUUGCAGUAUUUUUUCUUUUUUACUGUACAUUUGUGCUUGUGUGUGACUGCAUUUUUUUUUAUAUCAAAAGUUGUAGAUAUUUUUCUAAUAAAACUUGGGAAAAAAUCGCUGA